GUGACAGGGAUAGUGGGCGGAGCAGGAGGGAACUGAGACUGGCCUGGCUCUUUCCUGCUCUCCUAGGCAGAGCCAAACUGAAAAUCAGGGAAACCUUCCUGGCAGGCAUAAGCGACUUGCCUCUACCAGGGGAAGGAUGUGGGGUGUGGAGAAGCAGGGAACUGGCCAAUUCUCUAACUGACCGGGAGAAGGGAGCCAGAGACCAGUGCUUGGAUAAGUCAUGGGGUCCCCAGAGUUCAAAGAGGCCUUUUCGUUGUUUGACCGGACUCCAACUGGAGAGAUGAAGAUCACCUAUGGGCAGUGUGGGGACGUGCUGCGGGCCCUGGGCCAGAACCCCACCAACGCAGAGGUGCUGCGUCUUUUGGGCAAACCCAAGCCUGAAGAGAUGAGUUCCAAGACCCUGGAUUUCGAGAUGUUCCUGCCCAUCCUGCAGCACAUCUCCCGCAACAAGGAGCAGGGUACCUAUGAGGACUUCGUGGAGGGGUUGCGGGUCUUUGACAAGGAAAGCAACGGCACGGUGAUGGGGGCGGAGCUCCGACACGUCCUUGCUACUCUGGGGGAGAAGAUGAGCGAGGCGGAGGUGGAGCAGCUGUUGUCUGGGCAGGAGGAUGCCAAUGGCUGCAUCAAUUAUGAAGCCUUUGUCAAGCACAUCAUGUCUGGAUAGAGCAGAUUUCUCAAGGGUGCUUGGUCCUGGGUGAGAGAGCGAGAGACCCGUGAUGGCUGUCACAGAGUCUUGGACUCACGUCACACCGCAGCUCCACAACCUCUCAGACCUACGGCCUUCCCUGUGAAUAAACAGCCUAGCACCGA